AUAAAGCGACAACCUCGUGAGUUUCAAGUUUUAAAAUACACGUCCCUUUAAAGUCGCAUUUAAUCAUGAAGUGAUCUUACCUUGCGAUUUCGUAAGGAUUCACAUGUCCGUUUGCAAUCUCAGAAUACAGUGUACGUACAAAAUGUACAGCUUUUCCUUGGACACAUCAACACAAGGAAACAAGAAAUCAGGAAUAUGACGAGUGUUGAAUUUCUCAGGUGACCCCCGAGAUCCAAUCCGGGAUUUUGGUCAAACCACAUGACACGAAUGAAGAGCGCUGGAGGGGAACCGGACAUUUAUUAAACCAUAGCAUGGCGAAAUGGACAAAACCGAUGUGUCCAAAUCGUUUUCUUGGUCUAAAUGUGAUAUAUCUACAUAAAAAAUAUCCCCGUGUUUCCUAUGAUCUUCUGUUGUUGUUGACACGAUGCUACAUGGCAAAUUGAACAUUUGAAAUGCACAGCUGGAUGUGCAAUGUACAAAUUUGACAUCAAUGGUUUUUAAAUACUUUUCGGGAGGAGGUUAAAGUGAAUUCAUGUGUCUCUUUGUGUUUUUUUAAAGUUUGCAGAAAGGUCUAUAUUUUGUCAUCUGCCUGUAAACUGUCUUACUGACAUUAUUAUGGUUAAUUGAAUAAAGAUCUGUAUUUGUAUUUACAAGUUUUUCUUAAAAAUACAGCAUCCUAAGUGUUUAUUUAAAAUUCGAAAUCAAUUCAAAUAUUACACCUAAAUAUGAUUUAAAAUAUUUUUUUCACUUAAUGUCAGAAAAAAAUGGUUUUCAUGAUAAAUUGAUUUGCAUUAACUAGAAAGAAUGCACACAUACAAUCUUAUAGCAAAGUAUGAGUUUGUGUUUUGUAUUGUACAUAUUUAAAUAAAUAUUUAAAGAUUAUAUAGCCUAAGUUUCCAAAUAUUGGAAAAAGUCAAUAGGAAACAUUAGGAAUAUUGCACUGUAAACUAGGCCUAUUUAACCUGGGUAACCAUUCUGUGCCCCCAUCAAAGCAAGCAUGCAACUCAGCAUUUUGCAUUGACCACUACACCACAGCAAUCCUUUGAAUAGUGCAAUAGUCUACCCUUCAAACAAAAGCAAAACCAGCAGACAUCAUUCAUACACAAACAUGCACUAGGGCCCCUUCCCUAACCAGAUCAAAUGUAUGCAGGGACAGAGCAGGUAGCAUUUAAAUGAUUUUGCCACCACCAACAAAAAAGGGCAACAGAGGUUGUUUUUAUUCUUUUGAACCUAAAGUUCUCUAUGUGUUUUACCUGUGUACCUCCUAACCAUUCUCCCUCUUAGAGGAUAAGGAAAGCACGGUUUUGCCACAGAAGCAAAAAGUGUGUGUCAGGAUGUACAGUUUUAUGAGCGGCGGCCUGUUUUGUGCAAUAUUGGGGAGCAUCCUAAUAGUGGUCUCUACGGCCACAGACUAUUGGAUGCAGUAUCGUCUCUCGGGCAGCUAUGCCCACCAGGGCCUGUGGAGGUACUGCAUGGCUAAUAAAUGCUAUAUGCAAACUGCAAGUGCCUUAAAGUCGUUUCCCUGGUCUCAUAAGAUGACAGCUGAGAUUACAGGAGCUGUGCUUUGGGUCAUUCAAGCAUACUGGAAUGCCACACGGGCAUUCAUGAUCCUGUCGGGAAUAGCAUGCUUUGCUGGCAUCAUUGUGGGCAUUUGGUCAUUCGCUAAUUUUUCCUCCUUUGAGAGGUUCAGCCGUCCCUUUGCUGCAGGCAUCAUGUUUUUCAUUUCCACUUUAUUUGUGCUGCUGGCUAUGGCAGUCUACACUGGCGUAACCUUAAGCUUCCUGGGCAAGCGUUUUGGAGACUGGCGUUUCUCCUGGUCCUACAUAGUGGGCUGGGUGGGCAUGCUAAUGACAUUUUUUGCAGGGAUAUUCUACAUGUGUGCCCACAGAAUGCAUGAAUCGAGAGGAGGGACUGAAAAUCGUUGAGGAAAGAAACGCAAGACCGCAUCCAAAAUCAUCAGGACUUGUUAAAAAGUAUAAGAAAAGAUGCAGUAUGUUUACAAAAUAUGUAAACAAUUACAAAAUAUUAACACACAUACCAGACUGAUCUCAUGGGAAUUUGUAUGUAUGAGGUGGCUAUUUAAUAUGAAUUAGUACAAAGUGAAUUGUACAAAAACGUAUAUUUGAAAAAAAUACAUUAAUGAAGCCCCACCCCCAUGUCUGCUCCUAAACGUCGCUGGGGGGAAAUCAUAAUGGUGCUUUUUACUAAU